AUGGGCUUAGACGAAGCCAGUGGGGAGAAGGAUGCUCCCUCAGUUCAAUCGUUUCCAUCGACAGAGCCUCGGCCGGUGCCGAACGACAAUGAUGAGAAGAUCGAUACAACAAGACUCUCCGCCAGCGAAGGCGCUACGGAUGAAGAACGAGGCUCAUCCGACCCAGAGUCACCUGGAUUUGUUCGAACAACUCGUGGCUUCAGAUGGUUCCUAGUCGUUGCUGGAACGCUGAGUACAGUCACAUUGUACGCGCUUGAUAACACCAUCGUUGCCGACAUCACGCCCGCCAUCGUCAACAGUCUGGGAGAGGUUGAGAAAACACCAUGGAUCUCUGUUGGAUUCUUUCUGGGCGGGCUGUCCACCAUCUUUAUGGCUGGCAAGGUCUACACUCUGUUCGAUGCCAAGUACCUAUACAUCGCCAGUACGGCACUAUUCAUGAUCGGGUCGGCCAUCUGUGGAGCAGCUUCGAGUAUGGACAUGGAGAUUAUUGGGCGUGUUCUCGCUGGUAUUGGCGGCAACGCCAUGUAUUGUGGAGUCUUGACUAUCUUGUCAGUGAACACCACAGACACCGAGAGGCCAUCCAUUCUGGGCCUUACGGGCAUGGUCUGGGGUGUCUCUACUAUACUGGGUCCCGUUGUUGGUGGUGCGCUUGAACUGUACGACUGGCGCUUUGCCUUCUACAUCAAUCUAUUCAUCGGAGCCCUCUUUGCACCUAUCCUCAUCUUUAUCGUCCCUCGAUACAAUCCACGACAAGGCCACACGGAGCGAAUCAAAUUGCGCGAGUUCGACUACAUUGGCAUUGUUCUCAGCAUCGGGGCCUUCGUUGCCAUCCUGAUGCUGAUCAACCUUGGCGGAACCAUCUACGCUUGGAGCUCAGGUUCGAUGAUAGCGCUAUAUGUUGUCACUCCGCUUUGCUGGAUUGCGCUCUUCGCCCAACAGAUCUUCGUCUUUGGCACAACAAAAACCCAAAGGAUACUACCGUUAGACCUUCUCUCUUCGAAGGAACCGUUGUUGAUCAGCAUUGUGUUCGCUAGCACGAUUGGUGCUAUGUUUGUGCCUAUCUAUUACAUUCCUCUAUACUUCCAAUUCACCCGCGGCGACUCGGCAAUCCUAGCAGCUGUCAGAUUGCUGCCUCUGAUCGUGCUCUAUGUCUUCGUCGUCCUCGUGACCUCUCAAGCACUACCAAGGUUUCCACGCUACAAAUGGUACUUUACGCUGGGUAAUGCGAUAUCACUUCCAGGCAUGGUGAUCCUCUCGAGAAUGGACGAGAACACUAGCAAGGCAACAAUCUACGGAGGCUCGAUCCUCAUUGGCAUUGGCAGCGGCUUCAUCGGUCAAAAUCCCUACGCCGUGGUCCAGGGCAUCCUACCCAUCAAGAACCGACAUAAUGCGACGACUCUGAUGACGGUGGCACAAAUUGGUGGUGCGACGUUCGCGCUGGGCAUAGCUGGCGCCAUCUUCUUCAAUCUUGGCCUGUCUAGCCUACAAGAGCUCCUUCCGAAUGCGGCAUCUGAACAGAUCCAGGGAGUAUUGACGGGGACUAGUGGAGAACUUUACAAGACCCUCUCUGCGGCGCAGCAACAAGACGUGGUGAGGGCUAUUGUUGUGACGAUGCGACAGACGUUCAUCGUUGGCUAUGUUGGCAACAUCGUAGGCCUGCUGUGUGGGCUUGGCAUGAAGAACCAAUCCAUGUUUGUAGGAGGCACUUAA